UACACAAAGAACAGUCACCAUGCUGCCUGAUUGGCUAACGGAGGAGUAUAUCCAGAAGGCCCUGCAGGCCUUUUACAAGGACGAUCUGCUGCGAGUCCAGAAGGUCUGGGCCAAACCGGCAACGGAGAAAGGGGAGAACUUCGUGGGCGUUAUGACCCGGAUCUAUGUGGACUUCGAGCAGGGAGAUGGAACUGAGCAAAGUAAGUCCUACAUCCUGAAACAAGCCGUUCCCUCGGAUGCUCCCCAGGCGAAUAUCUUCGCGGAAUACGAUGUUUACAACAGGGAGCUGGAAAUGUACGACGUUGUCCUGCCCAAAAUGGCCAAGAUUCUGAAAGAGGUUGACUUCAACGAAAAACUGAUGGCGGAGGCCAUAAUAGUUGAUCGAGAACGCACCAUUAUGAUCCUGGAGGAUCUGGCUCCCCUCCGCUACACGAAUGCGGACAGAGUGAAGCAACUGGACAUGGUUCACACCAAGCUCGUUUUGGACAUGCUGGCCAAGUUCCACGCCGCAGCCAUUGUCCUGAACCAGCGCGAGCCGGAUCUUCUCAGUCGGAACUACGCAUCGCACUUCUUUUCUAGAGGCAAAAAGGGUUACGGGGAGGUCUUCGUGGGACUUUUCAGGGCAUUUAUAAGGUAUGUGAAGAGCAAGCCGAAUUUAAAGAGCCGCUAUGCAGACAAGUUGGAGCAUAUAACAACCAACUUGAUGGAUUACGCCGCCCGGUCUGUGGACGUGGGUGAAAAGGACCUGCAGACAUUAGUUCACGGCGACUGUUGGACCACCAACGUGAUGUACCUGUACGAUGAUGAGGGCCAUCCCACCACGGUCCUGCCCAUUGACUUCCAGUUCAGUACCCUAACAUCCCCGGUGGUCGAUUUGCACUAUUUCUUCAGUACGUCACUGAAGGUCGAUGUAAAGGCCAAGGAACUGGAGCUGGUGCAGUACCAUUACUAUGCUUUAAAAAGCACAUUGGAAGCACUUUCUUAUAAAGGGCUCUUUCCCAGUCUGUUUGAGUAUCAGCUGCAAUUCGAGAGGCGUCGUUUCUUGAGUGUAAUUAUUGCUAACGUAUUUCAACCAAUUAUGAUAUACACGGGAUGCGAGGACUGCGAGUUCGUAAAUCUCUAUCAGGAUACUGCAGAAGGAAUCAAGUUCCAGGACUCCAUGUAUGAAAGUGAAGAGAUUCAGAGAAGGAUUGACACAAUACUACCCAUUCUUGAUGCCAAGGGCUUUUUGGAUGCCCAUUAAAAUAAGACUGUUAAUUUUGUAUAUGGUUGAGUAAUAAAAUCAAUCUGAUUUUAGUGUAUAAA